AUGGUGUCACGCCAUGAUGUCACCCCGUUCCUGGGAGAUCCCAGCGGCUCCAUCCCAGAGGAUCCCGGCAGCUCCAUCCCAGGGGAUCCUCCCUGCUCCGUCCUGGGGGAUCCCAGUGGCUCCAUCCCAGAGGAUCCUGGCAGCUCCAUCCCAGGGGAUCCUCCCUGCUCCAUCCUGGGGGAUCCCAGCGGCUCCAUCCCAGAGGAUCCUGGCAGCUCCAUCCCAGGGGAUCCUCCCUGCUCCAUCCUGGGGGAUCCCAGUGGCUCCAUCCCAGAGGAUCCUGGCAGCUCCAUCCCAGGGGAUCCUUCCUGCUCCAUCCUGGGGGAUCCCAGCGGCUCCAUCCCAGAGGAUCCCGGCAGCUCCAUCCCAGGGGAUCCUCCCUGCUCCGUCCUGGGGGAUCCCAGUGGCUCCAUCCCAGAGGAUCCUGGCAGCUCCAUCCCAGGGGAUCCUUCCUGCUCCAUCCUGGGGGAUCCCGGUGGCUCCAUCCCAGAGGAUCCCGGCAGCUCCAUCCCAGGGGAUCCUCCCUGCUCCACCCUGGGGGAUCCCAGUGGCUCCAUCCCAGAGGAUCCUGGCAGCUCCAUCCCAGGGGAUCCCAGUGGCUCCGUCCCAGAGGAUCCUGGCAGCUCUGUCCUGGGGGAUCUGCCUGGCUCCGUCCUGGGGGAUCCCGGUGGCUCCGUCCUGGAGGAUCACGGCAGCUCCGUUCCAGGGGAUCCUCCCUGCUCUCUCCUGGGAUAUCCUUCCUGCUCCACCCUGGGGGAUCCCGGCAGCUCUGUCCUGGGGGAUCCGCCUGGCUCUGUCCUGGGAGAUCCAACCAGCUCCGUCCUGGGGGAUCCCAGCGGCUCUAUCCUGGGGGAAUCCUCCCAGCUCCGUCCCAGGGAUCCCAACUGGCUCUGUCUGGGGGGAUCCUCCCUGCUCCAUCCUCAGGGAUCUGACUGGCUCCGUCCCAGCGGCUCCCUCCCCGGGGAUCCCAGUGGCUCCAUCCUGGGGGAUCCGACCAGCUCCAUCCCGGCGGAUCUGACCAGCUCCAUCCCAGUGCCUCCGGCCCGGCUGGGACGGGCAGGGGAAGCCGGCUCCCCUGCCGCCCCGGCGCUAAUUGCAGGCGGAAGCCCCCCCAAAAAAGCCUCAUUUGUUAUCGUUUUCCCCGCCGUCGGCAUGGCGACGCAGGCCUACGUAACGGAAUUGCAGGCAGCCCAGCAGCCGCCGCCGCCACCGCCGCAGCAGCCGGCAGCGGCCCCGGCCCCGGCGGCGCCGUACGCGGCCGAGCUGCCGAGCGCCCCGGCAGCCCCGGCCGCCCCCGCCGCCCCGCCGGCCCCGGCCCCGCAGCAGUACAUCGUCGUCACCGUCUCCGAAGGCGCCAUGCGGCCCAGCGACACGGUGUCGGAGGCCGGUCCCGGCGCGGCGGCGGCACCCGCCGGCGUUCCCACCCAGGUGGUGCAGCAGGUCCAGGCCACGCAGCAGAGGCUCCUGGUGCAGGCGAAGCCGGCGGCCGUCUCCCCGCUCCAGAUCGCCGGCGUCCCGGUGCCGCAGCAGCGCUCGCCGGCGCAGACCAGCAGCUCCGCCGCCAAGCCGGGCGCCGUGCCGCAGCUCCAGGUGCACGGCGUGCAGCCGGUGCCCGUCGCCCAGGAGCGGCCGGCGGCCCCGCAGACGCCCGAGCCCGGCGCCAUGCAGCAGCCCAGCGCCCCGGGGCCGGCGCCCGGCGGCCCGGAGGUGCAGCAGCUCCCGCCGGUGCCGGUGCCGGUGCAGCACGUCUACCCGGGCCCCGUGCAGUACGUGGAGGGCGGCGACGCCAGCUACGCCGCCAGCGCCAUCCGCUCCGGCGCUUAUCCCUACGGAGAGACGCCGCUCUACACCCAGAACGCCGCCGGCGGCUACUACGAGGCGGCGGCGGCCGUGCAGCCCGGCACGCCGGCCACCUCGCAGGCCGCCGCCGCCGCCGCCUCCGUGCCCAUGUACGUCUCCGGCGGGCAGAUCGUGGCCAACGCCGGCUCCGGCGGCUCCGGCACCGCUGCCGCCACCGGCACCUACGUCAUCCAGGGGGGCUACGUGCUGGGCAGCGCCGGCCAGGCGUACUCGCACACCACCCGCGCCUCCCCGGCCACGGUGCAGUGGCUCCUGGAUAACUACGAGACGGCGGAGGGCGUCAGCCUGCCCCGGAGCACCCUCUACUGCCAUUACCUGCUGCACUGCCAGGAGCAGAAGCUGGAGCCCGUCAACGCUGCCUCCUUCGGCAAACUCAUCCGCUCCGUCUUCAUGGGGCUGCGCACCCGGCGCCUGGGCACCCGGGGGAAUUCCAAGUACCACUACUACGGGCUGCGCAUCAAGGGCAGCUCGCCGCUGCUGCGGCUCAUGGAGGACCAGCAGCACCUGGCCAUGCGGCAGCAGCCCUUCUCGCAGAAGCAGAGGCUCAAGCCCAUCCAGAAGAUGGAGGGAAUGACCAACGGGGUGGCCGCGGGGCAGCAGCAGCCUGCGGGGCUCUCCGACAUCAGCGCCCAGGUGCAGCAGUACCAGCAGUUCCUGGACGCCUCGCGGAGCCUCGCCGACUUCUCCGAGCUCGACCCGCAGGGGAAGCCGCUGCCCGAGGGCGCCAGCGCCGAGGACCUCAAGGCCUUCCAGGCGCUCUACCGCGAGCACUGCGAGGCCAUCGUGGACGUGAUGGUGAACCUGCAGUUCACCCUGGUGGAGACCCUGUGGAAAACCUUCUGGAGGUUCGACCUCAGCCCGCCCAGCGAGGCCGCCUCCGGCGCAGUCCACGCCGAAGCGGAGAAGCGCCUCCCCAAGAGCUGCCUCGUCGCCCUCUCCAAGUACGAGCCGGUCCUGAAGUGGGCGAAGGAUUGCGACAACGUGCUCUACCAGGGGCUGGUGGAGAUCCUCAUCCCCGACGUCCUCCGGCCCAUCCCCAGUGCCUUGACGCAAGCGAUCCGCAACUUCGCCAAGAGUUUGGAGAGCUGGUUAACGAACGCCAUGAUGAACAUCCCCGAGGAGAUGGUCCGCGUGAAGGUGGCGGCAGCAAGUGCCUUUGCCCAGACGCUGCGGCGCUACACGUCGCUCAACCACCUGGCGCAGGCGGCCCGCGCCGUGCUGCAGAACACGGCGCAGAUCAACCAGAUGCUCAGCGACCUCAACCGCGUGGACUUCGCCAACGUGCAGGAGCAGGCGUCGUGGGUGUGCCGCUGCCAGGACCGCCUGGUGCAGCGCCUCGAGCACGACUUCAAGGCGACGCUGCAGCAGCAGAACUCGCUGGAGCAGUGGGCCGCCUGGCUCGACGGCGUCGUCACCCAGGUGCUCAAGCCCUACCAGGGCAGCGCCGGCUUCCCCAAGGCCGCCAAGCUCUUCCUGCUCAAGUGGUCCUUCUACAGCUCCAUGGUCAUCCGCGACCUGACCCUGCGCAGCGCCGCCAGCUUCGGCUCCUUCCACCUCAUCCGCCUGCUCUACGACGAGUACAUGUACUACCUGGUGGAGCACCGCGUGGCCCAGGCCAAGGGCGAGACGCCCAUCGCCGUCAUGGGCGAGUUCGCCAACCUGACGAGCUCCUUGAACUCCCUGGACCCCGACAAAGACGAGGAGGAGGAGGAGGAGGAAGAGAGCGACGAGGAGAUGCCGCAGGAGAUCUCCCUCAACGCAGACGAGCCCGCCGGCCUGGCCGCCGACCCCAUGGAGCCCCCCGCCAAGCUGGCGCGGGCCGACUCCCGCGGCAUCUUCGUCCAGGCCCUGCCUUCCAGCUAAGGGGGGGGGUCCCGCACCCCGGCCCCCCCUCCCCAUCCCCACCCCCCCCCGCCGCUGCCCCGGCCCCCGAGCCGAGCU